AACUUAGGGGCCCCUGUGCCAACCCACUGCAGGGCACAAUCGCACACCAUAGACAAUUUGGAAAUCAGCCUACAACACACGUCUUUGGACUGUGGGAGGAAACCGGAGUACCUGGAGGAAAUACGGGGAGAGCAUGCAAACUGAUGGCUAUAUGUCACAUGUAACUGAUUUAUUUAUGAAGAAGAAGCCUUUAUUUGUCACAUUACAGCACAGUGAAAUUAUUUUCUUUUUUUUUUUUGCAAUUAGGAAUGAUGCCAUGUUAGAGCACCUGCACAGAUAGGGUUAAGGGCCUUGUUCAAGACCCCAACAGUAGCAUCUUGGCAGUGCUGGGGCUUGAACCUCUGACUUUCUGAUCAGUAACCCAAAGCCUUAACCACUCAGCGAACACUUAUGUAUGUAUGUAUGUAUGUAUGUAUGUAUGUAUUAUUUAUUUAUUUAUUUAUUUAGUUUGUUUGUUUGUUUUAAUGCUGUUGUUGUGGUUCUUGUGGGUGAUGGUGGUGAUGUGUGAUACUGGACAUUUGGGUUGUUUUCUCAGUGAAAGCCUGGUCACUUUUUUUGUAUCAGUUGCUCUCCUUCGUGGCCUUUUUUUCAUGGGAAAGGUAGCAGACUCGCGGUGACGUCAUCAGCGGAAGUGGAGCUCUCGGAUUCACACACGGACUUUAACGAGUUCAACAACUGCGAGCUGCUCUCUCUGUUUUCACCGCCGCUGUACGGCUUUACAUUUACGUCGAUCCGCUUUCUCAUGUUAAAAAAAGAUCAAUAAAUCAGUGCAUAUCCACUAAACUCAUCGUAGCUGCGCUGGUGUAUAACAACAUGAUGUUUUGCGCUGAGGAUCUGCUCACUCGGCGCGCGCUCAACUUUUGUUUUUGAGAAGUUAGCAGGCUGGAGCUUGUGUUUUAUUUGGUAACUGGUUUAUUCACUGCUGGGAGUCUGAAUGCAGUCAGAAAGGAAAGUUUCUCUUGACUGAAGCGUGAUCGGAUUUCCUGAAGUUUCUGUGUCCUGUGUGGGCUGCAGCUGUCUCUUCACCGCGCAGGAACCUGGCUAUUAAAAAACAAACAAACAAACAAAAAAAAAGACGACAUGGAUUACAGCCAGCAAGGGCAGCUAUCACACACAAGUCUAUGGUGGAGGUAAAGUGUUUGUCUACAAAAUAGACUUUGUUGAGCUUUAUAAUCGAUAGCUUUGACCGACUCAAUGGCACCGAGUGGUAAACGGAGCCGAUUGGAAAACAAAGGAAGGAUCUCGGAGCGCUUCCCUGGACUGGUUCAUGUGGAGCACACAAAGCCAUGGCAGAUCCAAAUGUAAAUGUGGAUACCAGGCUUACUCUAUGAACUAAAACGUCGAGUAUAUUUUACCAUACAUUUUUUGUGCAUUUCUCGAAGAGACAAGGAGCUCUUUUAUGUGUGGGUAUACAUACAUAUGUGUGUGUGUGUGUGUGUGUGUGUGUGUGUGUGUGUGUAUAUAUAUAUAUAUAUAUAUAUAUAUAUACACACACACCAAAACAAACAAACUCUACAACCAAUAACUCAGCAUUUCAAUGCUACAUUAACUUCACUCAUUCGCCCAGGUCGUAUGUUUCUACAGACUAAGCGGGAAAUGUCGCUCAGCAGCUGGUGUGUGCUUUUCUUGGCUUUUGUGCUGCUCGGAUCUGUGAACUGUGCGGUUUCUCUUGAAUGUAAAAUCUAUGAUGAACGGUUGAAAACCGGCGGUCGGUCAGGGACAGCGGACAAGAAGGUGGUGUGUAGCAACAUGGAGCUCCAGCAGGUGCUGCCUGUCACCUCUUUCCCCAACAGAACAGUCACACUCAUGUUAAGCACCAAUAAAAUCCAAGAACUCCUCAAUGGCUCCUUCGUUGGUCUGUCCAUGCUUGAGAGGCUGGACAUAAAGAAUAACAUCAUCACCCGCAUUGAGCCAGGAGCCUUCCUUGGACUUACUGCUCUUAAAAGACUAGAUUUGUCCAAUAAUCGUAUUGGCUGCCUCAGUGUGGAUAUAUUCAAAGGCCUCACAAACCUGGUUAAACUCAACCUUUCAGGGAACAUGUUUUCAUCCCUUUCUCAAGGGACCUUUGACAGCCUCGUCUCUCUGAAAACACUGGAGUUUCAGAGCCCUUAUCUGCUGUGUGACUGUAACCUGCAAUGGCUGGUACGCUAUAUUAAAGAGAAGGGUAUAGCUGUGAAAGACACCCGGUGCUCCUACCCUCGCUCACUACAGGGCCAGCUCAUAACCUCCCUCAAACCUGAAAUGCUCACCUGUGAUGCACCUCUGGAGCUCCCCUCUUUCCAAAUGACUCCUUCCCAGCAUCAGAUAGUUUUCCAGGGGGACAGCCUGCCGUUCCAGUGCAUGGCCUCCUUUGUGGAUGAGGACAUGCAGGUGCUCUGGUAUCAGGAUGGCAAGAUGGUGGAGUCUGAUGCCACGCAGGGAAUCUACAUAGAGAAGAGCAUGGUGCAGAACUGCUCCCUUAUUGCCAGUGCUCUGACAAUCUCCAACAUCCAGCCAGGCUUCACAGGAGACUGGGAGUGUCGAGUGCGCACUAGCCGAGGCAACAACACACGCACGGUACACGUUGUUGUUUUAGAGAGCUCUGCUAAAUACUGUGCUCCUGAAAGGGUGUCCAACAAUAAAGGAGAUUACAGAUGGCCUCGCACACUGGCAGGCAUCAUGGCGUACCUGCCCUGUGCGCGACAGGUAACAGGCGCAGGCAUCUACUCAGGCAGCUCAGCUGAAGACCGGCGUGCCAGAAGACGAUGUGACCGCAGUGGGCACUGGGCUGAGGAGGACUACUCCCGCUGCGAGUACAUGAAGGACACCACCCGCGUGCUUCACAUCAUCAACCAGAUGGCUCUGAACCUGACAAAUGCAGUGCAUACAGCACAGCAGCUUCUGGCUUACACAGUAGAAGCCCCUAACUUCUCAGACAAGGUGGACGUGAUCUUUGUGGCUGAGAUGAUUGAGAAGAUUGGGACGUUUGCCGAGAAAUAUAAAGAGUUAGGGGAUGUGAUGGUGGAUAUCUCCAGUAAUCUGAUGCUGACUGAUGAGCGAGUGUUGUGGAUGGCACAGAAGGAGGCGCGAGCUUGCUCACGCGUUAUUGAGAGUCUACAAAGGAUCGCAGUUCUCCGGCUGGCUAGUGGAUCUUAUUACACUAACUCCCACAACAUUGCUGUGGAGGCACAUGUGAUCAAGGCCAGCAGCUUUAACGGCAUGACCUGCACGCUGUUCCAGAAGGUGGCACCAGAGCGUACUAUGAUUCCCCACCUGGUAAAUUUAAACCCUGACAUUAACCUGGACCGGCAGCUCAGCUUCAAAUGCAACGUCACCAGCAAUCUUUCUGCCCUUGCCCUGAAGAAUACUAUAGUGGAGGCGUCGGUGCAGCUGCCUCCCUCUCUCUUCUCCUCUAUGCUGAGCUCUGGUCAAGCUGAUGAUGGCAUUUAUAAGCUGCAGUUGCUGGCUUUCCGCAAUGGCAAGCUUUUCCCCCCUACAGGCAACUCAACCAAGAGGAGAAGCGUUGUCACUCCUGUCAUCCUCACCAAGAUUGAUGGAAUCUCUCUGCAGUCUCUGCGCAGUCGGGUGAAUGUGACCCUCCGGCGCUUUGGGCAGGGUUUGGACCCUGUGGCUGCACGCUGGGAUUUCACUGCUCAGGAAGGUCAGGGCAGCUGGCAGUCAGACGGCUGCACCAUCCUCCAGCAUGACGCAAACUUCACCACACUCUCGUGUGACUCGCUCAGUAACUAUGCCCUUCUGAUGGAUCUGACUAGGACGGAGCCCACUAUGCACAGCUUUAAGCCUCUUCACCCAGUCAUCUACAUCACCGCUAUCAUGCUUAGUCUCUGUCUGCUGUCCAUCAUCGUCAGUUACUUUUAUUACCACAAGUCCGUGUGUAUUAGCAAGAAGUGCUGGCACAUGCUGGUUAACCUGUGCCUGCAUAUCCUCCUUACCUGUGCUGCAUUUGCUGGGGGCAUUAACCAGACCUCUUAUACCAGUGUGUGCCAAGGGGUGGGCAUAGUGCUGCAUUACUCCACACUGGCUACAGCCUUGUGGUCAGGCGUCACGGCUCGGAACAUCUACAAGCAGGUCACACGCAAGACCAAGCAAUACGAAGAGCUGGACGAGCCUCCUCCCCCUCCCAGACCCAUGCUGAGGUUCUACUUAAUAGGUGGAGGCAUUCCCAUAAUUGUCUGUGGCAUAACUGCAGCUGCUAACAUCAAAAACUAUGGAGGUCGUCCAGGUGCACCUUACUGUUGGAUGGCAUGGGAGCCUAGUUUGGGCGCAUUCUAUGGUCCCGUGGCCUUCAUCAUCUUUGUGGACUGCAUGUACUUCCUGAGUAUUCUUCUUCAGCUACGACGUCACCCAGAAAGACGCUUCGAGCUUAAAGAACAGCCAGAGGAGCAGCAAAGGCUUUCUGUGGCUGAGAUUACUGGUGGUCCCACUGCCCAUGCAGAGACUUCUGGGCCAAUAUCUCUGUCAGCACUUGAGAAUGAGCAUACAUUCUUGGCGCAGCUGGUCGGCGUGGCCGGAGCUUUGGGACUCUACACACUGCUGUGGCUGUUUGGUGCCCUGGCUGUUUCUCAGGAGCACCCAUUGGAUUUGGCCUUCUCCUGCCUCUUUGGUGUGGCUGCUUUGGCCCUGGGAGCCUUCCUUGUUGGCCACCACUGUAUUACACGGCAAGACAUGCGUCGCCACUGGGCACAGGCCUGCUGUCUUGGACACCACAGGUAUGCUAUGCAGGUUGACGCCCUCCUGGCACCGAUGACCGGGGCCUCCGGGGAUGGGUCAACGAAUACAGGAAAUGGAGAGAUAGCACGUUGCCAUACUAGUGGAACCGAGUCAUCUUGUACCAAUAAGAGUGUACCGAGUGUGCGCAACUCCACCCAAGGCUGCAAGCUGACCAACCUGCAAGUAGAAGCAGCUCAGUGCAAAGCAGUUCCUGCACCAACCAAUGGCACUGCUCUAUUAGACAAUAGCUUAACCGAGCACUCAUUGGAUAAUGAGAUCAAGAUGCAUGUUGCUCCAGUUGAAGUCCAGUAUCGUCCCAAUAUUAGCAGUAAUGGUCACCCUGGAAUGGGGAGUGCCAAUGGCAGCAUCAACGGACACCCCGGGAGACACCACAAGAAUCGAGCACGGGCGCACCGUGCGAGCCGACUCACUGUUUUGCGGGAGUAUGCCUACGAUGUGCCCACCAGUGUGGAGGGCAGCGAGCAUAGCACCCCCCAGAGACGCCACCACCAUGAAAGCCUACAUGCCCGCAACAGCCGCCGUGCUGCAUACCUGGCAUACCGCGAGCGCCAACAAAGCCAGCUCCAGCAGGACAGCAGCGACGCUAGUGCCAGCCUUCCCCGUCGCACCCGCCAGUUCGACAGGGGUGCCAACAAAGGCACAGGCUCCAGCAUUGGCAAUGGCCUUGGGAAUAGCCGUCUCCGGAACAGUCUGGGAAGUGGUCUUGGUAGUGGGACAAUUAACAGCCAAAGCAACGGUGUUAGUAAUGGAUGUGUAGCAGGGGAGGAAGCUGAAACUGAAUUGUCAAGCUCAGUCAAAGACUGCCCAAAGCAGCCCCUCCCUGUCGAACUGGAAGUUCAGCCAAAGUCAUAUGGGCUAAAUUUGGCAUCAGAAAAUGGACUCGCUAAAAGCUCAGAAAGGCAACAGAACCGGUCACCUCUUAAUACAGACAGCUCAGCUACCAUUAAGACUGGUUUGUGGAAACAUGAAACUACAGUGUAGCAAAAGUUCCUACGUCAGAGACUGCUAUUUACACUUUUUCUGUCUAACUGUGAACCUUUUUUUUUUUUUUUUUUUUAAUAAUUAUUUUCUUUUUGGACAGUAUAUUUUUAAGUGUUUGAAGAAAACAGAAUUUAUACAUGAGUUGUUUUGAAGAAGUCACCUCUUAGUAUACCACUUGCUAAUUGUUAUAGAUGAUCUACAAAUUAUCUAUUUUUAUAUCAUUUAUUUCAUUUUCACAUCUGCACAUGAUUUUGUAUGAUAAGGUGCAUAGCAUUUGGGCAUAGAUAGGGUUGGUCUUCUGUUCAAACCUUUUCUGGCAUAAUUAAGCAGUUGCAAAAUAAAAAUAAAAAAAUGG